AUGCUGUUCCUCAGCUUAACCACUCUCCUGGCCCUAUGGGUACCACUCAUCCAAUCUCAAGACCUCUGCCCAGUACCCAACCACUUCAACUACCACGACAAUGACCCGCAAACCAUCCGCUCAUUCCAAGGGAUCUACCACUCAAACUACAACGAGACCAUCACCUUCUGCAACUUCAAGCCGAAAUCCUUCGAGCUCAACUCAUGGAACAUCAUUCCAGUGCUCGCGCAAACCCACUACGGCACUCAUACGCCAUAUACGACCGUAGGCGCCGUUCUCACUGGUUCGGUCUACAUCGCUGGCAAUGGAAGCGUCGUCUGGAAUGGCUUCGGGUUCAGCGCGACUGGGCCUUACAACUGUGCUUUUGCUCUGAACGAGAGCGGUCAGAGGGCUGAAGGGUACUAUACCUAUACGAACCAGAAGAACGGGAGUACCGAAGCUGGAGAGACGGGGCCUUGGAGGUUGAGGUUUCAGCGAGAGCCGACCUGGGAUGAGUGCAGGCUCGUGUAUCGGGGUUACACGGUCGAGGACUACGAGACGGGUUGUACUUCGAGCGGAACCCACAGCUAG